UUUCCCAUCCCCCCCUAUUUAUCGCCGUUUCCUUCUCUUUCCACAGACGUUCGCCCCGCCCGUCCCCCGUGGCAGGGCGUCGGGCCGACCUGCCGAACGCUCAGACGUCGGAAGAAGGGCAGCUGUCGGCGGCGUCGGGGACUUCCGGAGGAGGAGGAGGAGGAGGGGGCGCUGGAGGUGGAGGUGGAGGAGGAGGAGGAGGAAGUGGAGGGGGAGGUAGCAGCAGCAGCAGCAGCAUGGGCGUGCCUCAGAGCCCCACCCUCUCGUCUAUGGGCGUGUACUGGCCCGCCCUGAGGGACCACCCGCCGCCCGUGCCUCCGCAGCUGCUCAAGAAGUUGGCUUGCAAGGAGACCUCGAGCAUCGGGAAGGUCAAAGUACUCUUACGUGUCUCCCCGUCAGCUGAAGUGAACCAGUCUUCCAAGGUGUUGAGUGUUGACCCCCGCAAGAAGACGGUGACCUUAUUUGACCCCGGGUCGUCUGUGCACCCCAAUUCGGCCCCCUCUGAAGAGUCUCGGGUCGGGAUCGCUGCGCCUAAGAUGUUUGCCUUUGACGGGAUCUACACUCAUGAGGAGUCUCAGACCGAAUUAUGUUCUGCUGCCUUAACGGACGUGAUUGUAGCUGUUCUACGCGGGGCUGAUGGUGCGGUGUUCAGCUUCGGCCAACCCAAUCUCGGCCAAAGCUACACGAUGCUGGGGGGCGGAGAGACCUCGCACAGCCUCGGAGUGAUGCCUUCUUCUGCCGUGUGGUGGCUCUACAAGGCCCUGGAAGACCACAGAGCCAACACAGGAGCUCGUUUCUCCGUCAGGAUAUCGGCGCUGCAGAUCGCUCCCGGGGACGUGGUGACGGACCUCCUCGCGCCUUAUGCACAGGGAGAACAGUCCCCCGGCGUCUUCCUGAUGGAGGAUUCCGCCUCCUCGGUUCUCCUCGCCCACGCCGCCGAGGUCCGGGCGCCCACCAUCGAGAGGGCGGCGAAGCUACUCGACGCCGCCCUCGCCCACCGCCACGUCGACGAGCAGGGGAGAGCCGCCCACCUCGUCUUCACCCUCAACAUCUACCAGUAUUCUGUGGACACUUCGGCCAAAGGAGGAGUGGCAGGGGGUCGCAGCCGCCUACACAUCAUGGACUUCGGGGUGCUGGAGCGAGGCAAGGGGCCCUCCAGACUCAACCUCUCGGCGCUCGGAAACGUGAUCUUGGCCAUCUUCAACGGCCAAAAACACCUUCCUUAUAAAGACGGCAAACUCCCCCGCCUGCUGCGUGAGUGCGUGGGAUCCGUAAGGUGCGUGGCGGCGAUGCUCGUUCACGUGUCAGCCUCCCCCGCCCACUUCCAGGAGACGCUCGCAACGAUCCAACUGGCGUCUCGGGUGCACCGGCUCAGGAGGAGGCGUAUUAAGCCUCACGUCGGCGGCUCUGGCUCGGGGGGGUCAUCGGAGGAAUCGAGGUCAGGAAAGUCGUCAAGGGGGACCAUCACAGACACGGGCGGAUCCUCUUCCGUUGACCCUUCUUCGUCGGAACAGUCGUGCGACACGGUGAUCUACGUGGGCCCAGGCGGCGACGACGCCACGGACGGCGAGCAUCCGCCCGUGUACCUUCCGGCGCUCAACUCGGGCGACAACCGCUGCUCCAUGAACAAGGCCCUCCGCGGGUCCGCCGUCGACGCCGCCUCCAAGGCCGCGCCGGAGGCCCCGCGCACCCCCAAGAAGUCCUCCAAGGGCGGCGUGAGCUCCAAGAGUCCUUCCAAGUCCGCCAAGCACACCGCGUCCGGCGUGGCGGCCGCCAAGGACGGGGCGCUCGCCUCCCCGCACAGGACGAAGGAGUCCCACAAGGCGCGCGACGGGGGCGCAGGGGGCGCCGCCGCCAGCCUACCUCGAACCCCGACCAAAUACUCUUCGCCUGGUGCUAAGAUAUCAACUGGUGCUACUCCCAAGUCUCCCAAAUCCCCCCACGUCUCUCGACACUCUAGGCAUAAGGUUCCCUCAGGGGCGGGGUCGCACGCGGACGGCGGCGGCGGCGGCGGAGGGCCGGGCCAGCCGGGGGGCAGCGAGGAGCAGUGGAUCGACGGGCCGCGCUUCCACCGGGCCAAGAUGUUCGAGGGCCACAAGAUGAAGAGCUACGAGCUGGAGACGUGGAUCGACGGGCCCGAGGCCACUUACGGCUACAUGGACGACCACAAGAAGUCCAUGAUCCAGAAGUGGGUGGAGACGCAGAACGCGCAGGUGCAGCCCAAGGGCGCCGAGCACGGCCAGAAGAGCCCCAAGCACAAGCAGUACAAGGAGCUCACGCAGUUCAAGACGGUGGACGAGGACGAGGCGGGGUCGCCGGCCGCGGCGUCCCCGCGCCACAAGGACAAGCACCGCGACAAGCGCAAGAGCGCCGAGUGCAAGGAGGCGCGCAAGGAGCACGCGACGCCCGCCCGCGACAAGGACUCCACGCCGCGCAAGAGGAGGAGCUACGGCGAGAAGGCGCACGUGGGCCACGCCGACCUCGACGAGGCCAGGGCGCGGCCGCACGCGCUCGCCCAGGAGGCCGCCAAGCAGGACGCCAAGGCCCCCCCACCGCAGGAGGCGCCCGAGCCCCCCAGGGGCGGCCUUACCGCAGAAGUGCCUGAGGCGACGCAGCCGGCGGCGGUGGCGAGCAGCGCCGCCAGCGAGGACAGUAGCCGCAGCGGCAGCCGCGUCCCGGCGCCGGCGACGGACGCGGGCGCGGGCGCGGGCGCGGGCGCGGGCGCGGGCGCGGGCGUGGGAGCGGCGGUGGUGCAGAGGGUGGUAAGCGAAGAAGUAUGUGACGUCAGACUCAACCUCAAGGCUCAGGGGCCGGCCAGAGGGCGAGAGGGCGCGGCGGAGGGCGACGAGGACGAGGAAGACGAGGUCCUUCAGGUCAUCUACACGGAGAAGGAAGCGUCCAAGCAGGACCUCUACUCCGCUCCUUCCCAGGACAUCGAGGGCGACAAAAGCUCGAGUACGAGAUCGUCCUCGGAAGAGACCACGACGGGCGAAGGAGGAGACCCCCUGGAGGAGAACACCUCUCAGGCGUCUUCAGAGGAGCCCGGGGCAGAUAGCCUUGCGGAGGAGAUCAUCCACGCUACGGCCACGAGGAUUUUCCUGAGGGAGGUGACCGAGGAGGACAUCGAAAGGACCCUGGCGGAGGCUGGUGUCCACUUCAUUCCCUUCCUCCCGCACCGUCACCUCCUCCCAACGCUUCAGGAGGACCCGUCGGAGAUGCCCCCUGAGACUGCAGGCGUUGAGUCUUCGGAGGCGGUGGGCGUGAUGUCUCUGAGAUCGCAGUCGGAGACGAAGGAGGAAUCUCUCCAGCCUCUCAGAGUCGCCGAAGACACCGUUAAGACGAGUAAUAACUUCAUGGAGGAGCAGGACGCCGCCCUUGGCUUGGAGUACAAGCCUGCGUCGCGCUACGAGCAGAUGAUCAACGACCCAAACUUCACGGCCAAAACCCACUACUUCGCCAAGCGGUUAGAGGAACUGCAGCAGCUCCACGAGCUCUACAGGAACCUGGCCAAGCAAGCUCCGAGGUGGAGGACCUCCAUCCACUCGCCCUCGGCCCUCAAGGAGCCCUCCGAGGUGAGCGAGGACGACUCGAGCGUCUCCGAGGGGGGCGAGGAGCCGGAGCCCAAGGUCCUUCCGCAGCCGUUUUUUAGUCAGGAAGGGACCCUGACGAGCCUCAAGCUCGGGGGCGAGUACGAGUUCAACUGGAAGUCUCUCCUGCCGGAGGAGAUCGCCCUCCAGAGCGAGGCUAACGAGGGGAAGAACGAGGGCGGCGAGGACACGGCCUCCGAGGUGUCCAAGGACGUCAACGAUCCGCUGUACGACAUCCAGAGCGACAUCAUGCCUUACCUCCCCAGCAACUACGUCAGCCUUUCGACGCUCACCGCCCUCCGGCAGCCCGACGGCGCCUCCAACCCCAACUUGAACGGGGAGCUCGCUCGCGCGGAGCCCCAGGCCGUCGCCGCGCCCGUCGACGAGGGCGUGGACACCGUGGCGACGGCGACGGCGGUGGUCGCCCUGCAGGAGCGGCUGCCGGGCAACGGGGCGUCGCUGUCAGACGACGAGAGCAACGUGAAGCAGGUGAAGGUGAAGAAGGAGAAGAGGAAGAAGAAACUGGGGCUCCUCUCCAAGUCGUCGAACAAGUCGGGCGCCUUCGCCAAGGACGAGGCCGAGGGCGACGAGAACUCCACCUCGAGCAAGCUGAGCUGGAGUAGGUUCUUCGGCAGCCCGAGGCACAAGGGCUCGCCGAAGGAGAGCUCGAAGAAGAGUGGCAAAUCCAGCUCCAAGUCCAGCUCCAAGUCGCCGACCUCGUCGAGCAAGAACUCGGAGAAGAGCGACAAGAAGUCCCAGCGCGAGCGGGAGCGGUCGAAGGAGUCCAAGGGCUCCGCGUCCAAGGAGGGCAAGGCGGGCAAGGAGGGCAAGGCGGCGCAGGAGGGCCACCACGGCACGGAGGCGGGCAAGCAGGCGGACAGCAAGAGCGCCAAGGCCUUUCAGAAGAUGGACUCGGAGCGGUCCAACGGCAGCCUGAAGAACAAGUCCCCGGCGCGCAAGAGUUCCGAGAACCGCAGCGGGCGAAGCGGCCGGAGGGAGAGCAGGGAGCAGCAGCAGCAACAAUCCCAGCAGACGCAGCAGCAGCAACAGCAGCAGCAGCAGGGCCAGGGGCAGCGGUACCAGGGGUUUCAAUGGGACUCGCCGCUGCCUCCUUUUCUGCCCGUGUCCACCGCGUCCAUACACCCUGGCUACGACUCGGGCGCAGAUUCGGGAGUGGGACUCAAGGUGAUCCCCCGCCCCCGCCGCUCGAGGGGUGAGAGUCGCCACGGGGAGAGCUCAGGCUACGAGUCGGUGAUCCGGGACUCCGAGUGCUCCUCCUUCGGAUCCUCGCAGGAUUCGGGCCUCGACGACGACGGGGUGAAGGGCAAGGCCGAGGGGAAAGGUAAGUCGAGUUCGUGGCUCGUUUUAACGGGGGUUUAGGAAGGGGAGGGGGGGUAAUUUUUUUUCUAAGGGUUUUUUUUGGAAAGUUUUUUUUUUUAAGGUGUUGUCCUGAUUUCCCGAGUCCCUGCAGCCUCCCUGGGGGUUGUUGCUCUGUAUAUCGCCUGGAUUAGACUGUUUGCCCGAUAAUAGAAAACAGCAUAUUCUUCUUAUCUCUCUCUCUUUCUUCGUAAGGGAGUGAAAACCUAGGUGAAGGGCCCACCCUGCCCAAAGGGGCCCCCCCGCCCCACCCUAAGCUCUCUCAGACCAUCUCCCACGACCUGCUCUCGAGUAAGCCCCCCGCCUCCUCCCCCCUGUCCUCCCCCUCCUG